AAUAAAAUAUACAACAAGCUUCUUACCUAUAGGAUACAAAAAAGGAGCUUUUCUUGCCAAACCAUCCCCAAACAAAUGGCUCUCCACGGUCUUUUUUCCCCGUUUCUUGUCACUGCACCUUCUCGCAUGGCUAUUCCUUCCAGUAAUGCUCCUAAACUUUGUGCUAGCAAACCAGUUCAAUGCAUAACAACUCCUGUCACAACGACUGACCAUGAUCAAGGUUCAGCCUCUCGAAGAAAUGCUAACUAUGUGCCAAGUUUCUGGGACUACAACGUCGUCAAGUCACUGUCCAGUAAUUAUGAUGAAAAGAAAUAUGAAAUGCAGGUAGAAGAGUUGAAGGAGGAUGUUAAACGCCUGAUUCAUGCAGAAACCGACGUACCAUUGGCCAAGCUUGAGUUGCUCGACUCUGUUCAUAGGCUAGGGUUGAACUAUCAAUUCCAGAAAGAUAUAAAGCAAGCAAUUGAUCGUAUCUGUGAGGCUGAUUCACAGUUGGGUAAUGACCUUCAUUCCACAGCUCUACUCUUUAGGAUUCUUCGCGAACAUGGAUAUACCGUGUCACAAGAUGUGUUCCAAAAGUUUACAGAUGAGACAGGUAAGUUCAAGGCAAAUCUGGGUGAGGAUGUCAAGGGGUUGUGCAGCUUGUAUGAGGCAUCUUUCUAUGGAUUCCAAGGGGAGGACAUCAUGGAUCAGGCCAAGGCCUUUGCAUCAGAACACCUCAAGAAUUUAUUGCAAGGGAAUUUAUCACCUAUCAUGGCAAGAAAAGUGCAUCAUGCCUUAGAUAUGCCUUUGCACUGGAAAUUACCAAGGGUGGAGGCUGUAUGGUACAUCCAUACUUAUGAGCAAGAACAAAACAAGAUUCCGAAUUUGCUAAAAUUAGCCAAGCUGGACUACAAUAUCGUCCAAUCAGUUCAUCAGAAAGAAGUCAGCAAACUGGCUAGUUGGUGGGUGGACAUUGGUUUGGGUAAUCUACCCUUCGCGAGGGACAGAUUAGUAGAACAUUAUUUCUGGGCCAAUGGAAUUGUUUCAGGUCCAGAGUAUAGUGCUUUCCGAGACAUGGCAACCAAGGUAAUUUGCCUGAUAACCACCGUCGACGACGUCUAUGAUGUAUAUGGCUCGUUGGAAGAACUAAAGCUCUUUACAGAUUAUGUUGACAGAUGGGAUAUUACUGAAAUCGACAAGCUCCCGAUGCACAUCAAGACUGUUCUUCUUGCCAUGUUUAAUACCGUAAACGAAAUAGGAUACUGGACGAUGAGAGAGCGAGAUUUUAACAUUAUACCAUAUUUAAGAAAACAAUGGGCAAAUCUUUGCAAAGCUUAUCUUCGAGAAGCCACCUGGUAUCACUCAGGAUACAAGCCCACCGUGGAGGAAUAUAUGGAAAAUGCCUCAGUUUCGAUUGGGGGUCUGCUCAUGUUGUUUUGUGCUUACUUCCUAACCGCCGACAAGAUAACUGUGGAGGCAUUGGAUUUCAUAGACAAGGUUCCAAGCAUCAUGUGGUGCCCUUCUGUACUUAUUCGGCUUACGAAUGAUUUGGGAACAUCAUCUCACGAGUUGGCACGAGGUGAUAUAUUAAAGGCGGUCCAGUGCUACAUGAAUGAUACUGGUUCAAGUGAAGAAGUGUCCAGAAAGCAUGUUGAUGAUCUGGUGCAUGAGACCUGGAAGAUUCUGAAUAAAGAUUUGCUUGGAAGCUAUCCUUUUAGCGAACCGUUUCUCAGUGCGAAUCCAAAUAUUGCACGAACGUCUCAGACUUUUUAUCAGUACGGAGAUGGACAUGGAAUACCUCAGCAUUGGACGAAGGACCACUUAAAAUCAUUAUUGGUUGAACCCUUCACUCUUAAUGAGUGAUGGAAAUAAGUGUCUGGCUGAUCUUAAUCGAAUUGGAUGUCAUAUUAUAUGACAUCUUCUUCUUAUUUGGAUAGGCCCUAUUUGGUUGCUCUGUUGUCAUGUUGAAUAAAGAUUAUCUGCACCGGCGUAGCCAUAGACCGGAAGCCCUUGGCUCAAGGCUACGCCCAUCGUUAUCAUCAUAAUCUGUACGCACCAUAUAUAUGGUUAAGGUUAUUAUUCUGAUUUUGUUUUCAUUUCACCUA